GUGAUCCACUACUGGGUUUAAAAGCUUAUGGCCCACAGAGAAGGACACAGUAUACAAUUCCCCACUGAGCUCAUCUGAAGAACACAUCGCAGUACAUCUGGGUGCAACAGCGUAAACAUGUCAGACACAGAGGAAGCAACAAACGAAGGACAGCGAGAGGAAGAUAUUGUUGAGGAAAAUGAAGGAGAGGACGCCAAGCCAAAGCAAAAGCCAGGCUUCGUGCCUGGUUUGGCAGCUCCCAAGAUCCCAGAUGGAGAGAAAGUUGACUUUGAUGACAUUCAUAGAAAACGGAUGGAAAAGGACCUGAAUGAGCUCCAGACGCUUAUCGAAGCUCACUUUGACAAGCGGAAGAAGGAGGAAGAGGAGCUGCUCAGCCUCACAGAUCGCAUUGAGAAACGUAGGUCUGAGAGGUCGGAGCAGAUGAAGAUCAGAGCAGAGAGAGAGAGAGAGCGGCAAAACAAACUGGCCGAAGAGAAAGCAAGAAAAGAGGAAGAAGAGGCCAAAAAGAAAGCCGAUGAAGACGCACGGAAGAAGAUGAUCCUCUCCAACCUGAGUUUCACUGGAUACAAGCCACAAAAUGGGACGAAGAAACAAACGGAAAGAGAAAAGAAGAAGAAGAUCCUCAGCGAUCGGCGCAAGGAGCUGGACAUUGAUAACCUGAGGGAGGACAAACUCAGGGAAAAAGCCAAGGAACUGUGGGAAUGGAUGCGCCAACUGGAGGCAGAGAAAUUUGAACUGCAGUACAAGUACACGAAGCAGAAAUAUGAGGUGACCGUGCUGAGAAACCGGGUCAGCGAUCAUCAGAAAGUCUCAAAGGGAGGACGGAGGAAGCGCGGCCUCAGGAAGUAAAAUCAGCUUUGGGGAAAAACUGUCAGCAUCAGACAUCCAUAAAGUAUUAUAAAGUAUUGAGUGUACCAUUAAUGCAUAAUGUUUUCUAAAUACUUGAACAUGCAAGGACAAAAUUACUCUAGAUAUCAUAAAAUGCUCUUAAAAUGUUACCUGUGAACAAGUGUGCAUGUUAAGCUCCUCUGCAGAGAGGCAGCAGUAAUUUAGCUGACUGAUCAUGAAGUUUCUUUGAUCAUGUGUAACUUUCAAAGUCAAUAUGUUUUACAGUUCAGCUUUCAUUGCUGUCCUUUGUGUUACUCAUUGAAUGCUCAAAAUAUGGUUGCAUUUGUUCUUGGGUGCAAGAUUUUGUGACUGCAUUGAAUAAAACCUUUAUUUUAC